AUGCUGAGGCCUGAGAUGUCGUCAUCCUCGCCCUCCGUUCCUGUGGUUUCCUCCUCUUCGGCAGGGGCUCGGUCACAGGGUCCCCGCUACAGUUUCGGAUUCCGGGAGACCUCUGGGAGCCGCUCUUCGGCCCCGGCCUUCUCUGCGCCCACCCCUCCCGGCACGUCUGGGGCCGCAGGCGACCGGAGCAGCAGCAGCAGUCUCCCUCGCCUCCCGCCGAGCGCCGGGCCUGCUCGAGGUUCAUUCUUUGGAAACAAAAGAUCUUAUGCAGAAAACACAUUUGCAUCAAACUUUACUUUUGGUACAAGCUCAUCUUCUGUACGAGAUAGUAAUUAUCCUCAAAUGCUAAAAACUCCAUUGUCUGUUGGAAAUCCCCAGGGAUCAGGUUAUAAAAGUUGGACACCGCAAGUGGGAUAUUCAGCUACAUCCUCAUCUGCAGUUUCUGCACACUCCUCAUCAGUUAUUGUAGCUGUUGUAGAAGGGAGAGGACUUGCCAGAGGUGAAAUAGGAAUGGCAAGUAUUGAUUUAAAAAGCCCACAAAUUAUAUUAUCUCAGUUUGCAGACAACACAACUUAUGCAAAGGUAAUCACUAAACUCAAAAUUUUAUCACCUUUGGAAAUAAUUAUGUCAAAUACUGCUUGUGUUGUGGGGAAUUCAACCAAGUUGUUUACUCUGAUCACAGAAAAUUUCAAGAAUGUUAAUUUCACUACUAUACAAAGGAAAUACUUCAAUGAAACAAAAGGAUUAGAGUAUAUUGAACAGUUAUGCAUAGCAGAAUUCAGCACUGUCCUAAUGGAGGUUCAGUCCAAGUAUUACUGCCUUGCAGCUGUUGCAGCUUUAUUAAAAUAUGUUGAGUUUAUUCAAAAUUCAGUUUAUGCACCAAAAUCUCUGAAGAUUUGUUUCCAGGGUAGUGAACAGACAGCCAUGAUAGAUUCAUCAUCAGCCCAAAACCUUGAAUUACUAAUUAAUAAUCAAGACUGUAGGAAUAAUCACACACUCUUUGGUGUCCUAAAUUAUACUAAGACUCCUGGAGGAAGUCGAAGACUUCGUUCCAAUAUAUUAGAACCUCUAGUUGAUAUUGAAACCAUUAACAUGAGACUAGAUUGUGUUCAAGAACUACUUCAUGAUGAGGAACUCUUUUUUGGACUUCAGUCAGUUAUAUCAAGAUUUCUUGAUACAGAGCAGCUUCUUUCUGUUUUAAUCCAAAUCCCAAAGCAAGACACGGUUAAUGUAGCUGAAUCAAAGAUAACAAAUUUAAUAUACCUAAAACAUACCUUGGAACUUGUAGAUCCUUUAAAGAUUGCUCUGAAGAACUGUGACACACCUUUAUUAAGAGCUUACUACGGUUCCUUGGAAGAUAAGAGGUUUGGAAUUAUCCUUGAAAAGAUUAAAACAGUAAUUAAUGAUGAUGCAAGAUACAUGAAAGGAUGCUUGAACAUGAGGACACAGAAGUGCUAUGCAGUGAGAUCUAACAUAAAUGAAUUUCUUGACAUCGCUAGAAGAACAUAUACAGAGAUUGUGGAUGACAUAGCAGGAAUGAUAUCGCAGCUUGCAGAAAAAUAUAGUCUUCCUUUAAGAACAAGUUUUAGCUCUGCUCGAGGAUUUUUCAUCCAGAUGACUACAGAUUGUACAGCCCUACCUGAUGAUCAGCUUCCUUCAGAGUUUAUUAAGAUUUCUAAAGUGAAAAAUUCUUAUAGCUUUACAUCAGCAGAUUUAAUUAAAAUGAAUGAAAGAUGCCAAGAGUCUUUGAGAGAAAUCUAUCACAUGACUUACAUGAUAGUGUGCAAACUGCUCAGUGAGAUUUAUGAACAUAUUCAUUGCUUAUAUAAACUAUCUGACACUGUGUCGAUGCUGGAUAUGCUACUGUCAUUUGCUCAUGCCUGCACUCUUUCUGACUAUGUUCGGCCAGAAUUUACUGAUACUUUAGCAAUCAAACAGGGAUGGCAUCCUAUUCUUGAAAAAAUAUCUGUGGAAAAACCUGUUGCCAACAAUACUUAUAUUACAGAAGGGAGUAAUUUUUUGAUCAUAACUGGACCAAAUAUGAGUGGGAAAUCCACAUACUUAAAACAGAUUGCUCUUUGUCAGAUUAUGGCCCAGAUUGGAUCGUAUGUUCCAGCAGAAUAUUCUUCCUUUAGAAUUGCUGAACAGAUUUUUACAAGAAUCAGCACUGAUGAUGAUAUAGAAACAAAUUCAUCAACAUUUAUGAAGGAAAUGAAAGAGAUAGCUUAUAUUCUACAUAAUGCUAAUGACAAAUCACUCAUAUUAAUUGAUGAACUUGGCAGAGGUACUAAUACAGAAGAAGGUAUUGGUAUUUGUUAUGCUGUUUGUGAACAUCUGCUGAGCUUAAAGGCAUUUACACUGUUUGCUACACAUUUCCUGGAACUAUGCCAUAUAGAUGUCCUGUAUCCUAAUGUAGAAAACAUGCAUUUUGAAGUUCAACAUGUAAAGAACACCUCAAGAAACAAAGAAGCAAUCUUGUAUACUUACAAACUUUCUAAGGGACUCACAGAAGAAAAAAAUUAUGGGUUAAAAGCUGCAGAGGUGUCAUCACUCCCACCAUCAAUUGUCUUGGAUGCCAAAGAAAUCACAACUCAAAUUACCAGACAAAUCUUGCAAAACCAAAAGAGUACCCCUGAGAUGGAAAGACAGAGAGCUGUGUACCAUCUAGCUACUAGGCUUGUUCAAACUGCUCGAAACUCUCAAUUGGAUGCAGACAGUUUACGAACAUAUUUAAGUAAUCUCAAAAAGAAGUAUGAAGCAGAUUUUCCCAAGAGUGAACAAGUUUCAGGAGAGACUGAACAAUAA